UUCAUGAGACAAUUUUGACGGCAAAAUGGCUACUGGUUUCAUGGCACAAAUGCUCGAUGAGCUCAUGGGAAAAGAUCGUGAUCUACUUCCUGAGGAGGGUAGUCGACAGAAAGGUUUCGAGGAUUCUGAGGUUUGCAAGUUUUAUAUAUGCGGGUUUUGUCCUCACGAUCUUUUUACGAAUACCAAAAUGGAUUUAGGCGCGUGUGCCAAAAUACAUGACGAUGCAUUAGUAGAAAUGUAUAAAAAGUCUUCGCGCUUUCGGAAAAUGGGUUACGAGGAGGAUUUCCUCCGGUUUCUACAGACAAUACAAAGUGAUUGCGAGAGGCGAAUUAAACGUGCAAACCAGCGAUUAGCGCAAGCUCCGAACCAGAAUCUCGGCAAUCCAAAAACUUCUAGUCUUCAAAUUAUUGAAAGCAAAAUUUCGGCAUUGUUGGAGAAAGUUGAAACAUUAGGAGGCGAAGGUAAAGUAGAAGAAGCACAAGGUAUGAUGAGAGAAAUUGACCAAUUGAGAAAAGAUAAGGAUAAUUUGCAAUCCCAUAUACAAAUGGAUAACCCAAAUGAAAAACAAAUGGAGGUAUGUGCGAUUUGUGGUGCAUUUCUAAUCGUGGGUGAUGCUCCCAGCAGGGUUGAUGAUCAUUUGAAAGGAAAGCAACACACCGGGUUCGCAAAAGUCAGAUCUGCAAUUGCCGAGUUCCGCGAGGAACUUUACGGUAUCCGGGAGUCCAACUCAAGUGAACGGGCUCCUCGCAAACGAAGUCGCAGUCGAUCCCCAGCUGCUCGGAGAAGACGGCGCAGUAAUAGUAGUGGAACUAGUUCAAGGUCUCGCAAGACAAAGAAUCCAGAUGCGAACGACUACUCCGAAAUGUUGCAGAAAGAGUCAGAAAAACGAAAUAUUCAGCCAGACGAAAUUCCAGGAAGUGAACGGUCCAAGAAGAGUAACCACAGAAGUCGCUCUAGAUCUCGCAGUAGCAAACGCAAACAGGAAAGUAAAGAUAAAAGUCGACGAGACAGAUCGCGGAGCAGAAAUAAGGAGAAAUCGCGUCGGCACAGCCGGGAGAGGAAAAGAACGAGAUCUAAAAGCAGGGAACACAAAUCUAAAAAAGAGGUUUCCAAAAAGUCGCGUAAAUCAAGUCGAAGUAGAUCACGCGAGAAGAAAGGGAGGAGGCGACACUCGUCUAACAAUAGUGGAGAGAGGAUUGAAGUAAAAAUUCCGGUGAACGGCGAUCACGAAAACUCGCAUUGAUUUUCCUACUUAAUCGUCGUUCGCUGUAAUUUGAAUGCAAACCAAGAGCUGAAAUUUUCAGUGUUUUUGCUAAUAAUGUUGCUGGUACCUCUGAAUAGAACUACCUAUUAUUUUGAUUACGUUGUCAUUUUUGCAUAUUCUACUUCUUCAUAAAAUGAUUAUUUGAUUAAGUUUCAAUUUCGAUCUUGA